AUGAAGAGGCCGACCAGCAGAGGAUCCUCAAUGGUCAGCGGUCAAGCGGCUACAGAUCAACAAGAAGACAGCUGCAGGUACAUGGAGCGGCACGGAGGAGUGAACGGCAGCGAUGGCACGGCCGCGGCUGAGCGCGACGACCUGGAUGCCGGGGCGUACGACGAGGAGGAGGACGAAGAAGAGGAGCUCGCGGGGUUUCGCGGUGGCCUCGGCGAGAAGAAGCGGCGUCUGGCGGCAGAUCAGGUGCGCGCGCUGGAGCGGAGCUUCGAGGUGGACAACAAGCUGGACCCGGAGCGCAAGGCCCGGAUCGCUCGCGACCUCAGCCUCCACCCGCGCCAGGUCGCCGUCUGGUUCCAGAACCGCCGCGCGCGCUGGAAGACCAAGCAGAUCGAGCGCGACUUCGCCGCGCUCCGCGCACGCCACGACGCACUCCGCGCCGAGUGCGACGCGAUCCGCCGAGACAAGGACGCCCUCGCCGCCGAGAUAAGGGAGCUUAGGGACAGGGUGGAGAAGCAGAUGGAGGUGAAGCUGGAGUCCGCAGAGGAGCUGCUGCCGGUCGCGACGAGGACAGCGGCGGCGGCCGCGGCCGCUGUGUAUAUUAAGGACGGGUCGACGGACAGCGACUCGAGCGCCGUGUUCAACGAGGAGGCGUCGCCGGCGCCCUACUCCGGCGCGGCCUUGGACCAGCCGCAGCAGCAACAAACGGGUGACCAGCUGGCGGGCUUCACGGGUUUCACCUCCUUCUUGGCCUCCUCUUUCCCUUCCAUAUACCAUGGGGAUUCGCAUUUGGACCAGGAAGCAGACGGCUUCUUCAGCGCCGGCGCCGCCGCCGACGGUUUCUUCGCGGAGGAGCAGAGCACAGGCAUCGGCAGCUGGUACGGCGGUGAGGGUUGGUAG